ACAGCUAUACAAAGCCCUGAGCAUGUCCUGUGCCGCUCACUGCUCAGCCUGACCCGGAGCCCUGCGCUGCUCCCUGCGCUCGCUUCUAAAUGGAAACCGCUGACUUCUACUACGUUUACUACUUAGCCCAGGACUACCUGCAGUAUGUGCUUCAGGAAUCACAGCUGGGGCCAGCCCAGACCAGGGUUGCUCAUGUCCUACGCCACAUUGCAUCCUCUCUGCAAGACCAAACCGAGGAGGCUGUCCGGCCGCUCCUGGACAGCAUCGACAUCUCCUCGGUAGCUGCCGCCAAGAGGAUCUUCAACGGUGUCAUGGAAGAAAAAUUUGCUGAUGGGAAUACUAACUGGGGACGAAUCAUGACCAUAUUUACAUUUGGAGGGCUUCUGACCAAGAAGCUUCAAGAGCAUGGAGUUCAGCUGACCGGUGAGGAGAAGGAGCAGAUUUCUUAUUUCAUCACCGAGUACAUAAUAACCAACAAAGCUGAAUGGAUAGAUGCCAACGGCGGCUGGGAAAACGGCUUCCUGACAAAGUUUGAGAGAAGAUCCCCACUGUCCUUCUCCAAAAUCACAGCCAUGUUUCUGGCUCUUUUUGCCCUGUUCAGAAAGUACUAUUGAAAGCAGUGGGCCUGCCAGGCGUGUCUGACCUAGAUAUUGCCACCAGCUUCACCGCCAAGCUUUUCUCCACGCAAUGCUGAAGAGAAAAUCCUUUCCUCUCAGAACUUUUAAUUUAUUUGUAUUUAUUUGUGCUAAAUGCAACGUUUAGCAUGCUAUCCUACUUGCCAAACCUGAAGAUGAGAUCCCUCCAAAGAGGGAUCAGCACAGCAUCAUUCAGCAAUUCAAGUCACCCUUUCCAGGCAGGACUGCUUCGAGUUCAUUCUCCACGUGCAGGCAGCUGGUGGAAUCUCUGUUGCACCUCCAUGAAAGGACUUUGUUGUACUCAAAUACAAUCCAAUGGGUUAAGAAAUGAGUUUUUAUGUCAUUUGUUUUGGAAAUGAAAUCCUACUGUAAUGCAUUUUAUUGCAACAUUUGUAUGAGCAAGAA